UAUACGUUGACUAUACGUAUAUAUAGCGUCGCGCAUUUUAUCGAACAAACAUUCGACCGUCGUGAGAUAAACAGUGCCGAAAAAGCGAAUAAGUGGAACGAAUUCGAAAAAAUAUUAAAUCAUAAAAUAACGUUAUCAAAAUGCCAGCAAAAAAGAAAAAAGGCAAGGGAUCAAAAUUAGCACGUAUGAACGAUGAGGAACGCUUGCGUUAUUUGCAACACCGAGCGGAAUUAGAAUUGGAAGCGAAAAGACGAAAACAAGAAUUAAUCGCCGUUUUCACGAAGAACAAAUUAAAACGCGAGCAAGCAUUCGCGCGGUUGAAUACAGCAAAGAUAAACGAGCAAUGGCGUUUUAUACUACGUCAAAUAAAGUGCAAAGAAUUAUACGACGAAGUUGACUAUCUGUGGAAAAACUUUGAUAGAACAUUAAAGGCGAAAGAUGCUGUAAUCCAUAAACUGUAUAACGAAUUAGAAGUGGCGGACCUAGAAAAUAGAAGAACGCAGGAAACCCAUAUGGACAUGAUAGAUAAGUUAAUUGGUAGACUCGUGGAAAGGCUGGAAUCGAUGCGACACGAUUACAAUUUGGCAAUCUGUGAAAAGGAAAACGGUGAAAUCGAAGAAUUGAAUAUCUUGAGUAGAAACGUUGCGAACGAGCGAAAGUAUCUCGAGACUGUAAUAUUCGCACAAGCGAUGCACACAAAAGAGAUAUUGAUGAGAACGCAAACGCGAAACGCAAUAAACACGUGCAGUAUCGAACACGCGAAGGAAGAUGAUAUUUCGAUAAUGAGAAAGCGAGUAGGUGGUCACAUGGAAAGACUUUGGGAACAACUGAACAAUGUUUUAAGGGAGUACGAAUUUUCUAGUGCGGAUAAAAGGAAGCAAUACGAGUAUUUGAAGGAACAGGACAACGCGUCGAGAUUGGAAAGCUUGCAAUUUGUCAAGCAACAAUCGAGUUUACAGAACAUGGUGGAAAACCUUAGAGAAAAUUAUUACACGUUGAUGAACGAACGAUCUGCGCGAAUUGACGAGCUGACGAAUAAAAACAAGCGAUCCGACGACAGUAUACGUAAAUUAAGGCAGGAAAUAAGGAUUCAUCAAACAAUGGAUGCUGUUCAACUGAAGCGUAUGAGUGUUCUGUGUAUCACUGUAAUCAAGCAUUUAGAGAGUAUCAAGGAAAAAGGUUCGACUUUAUUGUUGCUUGUUAAAAUGUGUUCCGGUCUGGAGCCGACAGCUUUGGCUGUGAAAAAAUAUGCGAUACACUGUGCCGAGACGAUUGAAGAAACAAAUAAGCCUUGCGUCACAAGCCCUUACGACAAAAUGGAGAAAUUUUGGGAACAGUACAACUAUGUGAAAGCAGGCAAUAUCCAUAGGAAAUCUGAACUCGACCAACUAACAGCGCAGAAUAAACGUUUGAGGCAAACCUUGCGCAAUUACCUCAUAACGUUGUCCAGAGUACCUUUGGGCAAGCAACAAAAAAAAUCGCUAGUCACAAGAUGAUUCUUGUGCGAACGUACUUUAAAUUACUCGAUAAACAAGUGAUGAAAUGAUAUAUUUUAGUAGCAGUGUCAAAAUAAUUAUUCAAUUAAAAGGGAUCGUCGAACAA